CCCAGCUCACAAAUCCCUGCCUUGCUCCUUCCAGCCUUCACUCAGCCCUAGAGAUGGCUCUGCAGGAUGUGUGCAAGUGGCAGGCUCCAGACGCCCAGGAACCAGAACCUCACCUGCCUCAGGCUGGCAGCUGGGCUGUGCCCCGGGGCUGUGACCCUCAGACCUUCCUGCAGAUCAAUGGCCCCAGGCUGGCCCAUGGUACUACCACCCUGGCCUUCCGCUUCCGUCAUGGAGUCAUUGCUGCGGCUGACACACGUUCCUCCUGUGGCAGCUACGUGGCCUGUCCAGCCUCGCGCAAGGUCAUCCCUGUGCACCAGCACCUCCUGGGGACCACCUCUGGCACCUCUGCUGACUGUGUCACAUGGUACCGGGUGCUACAGCGGGAGCUACGGCUUCGGGCACUGAGAGAGGGUCAGCUGCCCAGUGUGGCCAGUGCUGCCAAGCUCUUGUCAGCCAUGAUGUCCCGCUACCGGGGGCUGGAUCUGUGUGUGGCCACUGCCCUGUGUGGCUGGGACCGCUCUGGCCCUGCUCUCUUCUAUGUCUACAGCGAUGGCACCCGCCUGCAGGGAGACAUCUUCUCGGUGGGCUCUGGAUCUCCCUAUGCCUAUGGUGUGCUAGACCAUGGCUACCGCUACGACAUGACCACACAGGAAGCCUAUGCCCUGGCUCGCUGUGCCGUGGCCCAUGCCACCCACCGUGAUGCCUACUCAGGGGGUUCUGUGGACCUUUUCCACGUGAGGGAGAGUGGAUGGGAGUAUGUGUCACGCAAUGAUGCCUGUGUGCUGUACACAGAGCUACAGAAGCUCCCAGAACCAGAGCUGGAGGAGGAGGCAAGCCAGGCCCAUCCUGAGGCUGCCACUCCCCACAAAGCUGGGGAAGGUGGAGAACUCUCCGCAGAGGCCAAGGGAGGUGAGACCAGGAGACUCCAGGAUGCCAACAGAGACUGAAACACUGUGAGAAGCGGCAGGACAUGGGGGAACGUAGGCCCAGGGAAUGAGUGCGGGGAUUUGGCAGCAGGGGAAGGACUCCGCUGGGAGCAGCCUCACAACUGGACCAGCCCUUCUGGGUUGCCUGCUUCAUUUAUUCCAAAUCGCCAUCCUUUCUGCCUCCUGAGCUACUGACAGCUCUGUCCAACAUGUUUCUAUUG